CUGUCCUUUCUUAGGUUUUCAUGUGCUUUCUCUUAGCUACAAAUGGCACAAAAAGUGCCGUUUUAUCAAGAAAUUUUUUUCUGAAAUGGAGCUUGUUCGCAAAGUGGAUGCUGAAUCUGGCGCCUCCUUGUGUCAUUCCGGAGAAUCACCGUGUUGUAGCCGUAGCCAGCCAACAAACGACCUGCUGGGUAAACAACAGUGGAUGCCUCGGAAGGCAGGAAUGGGAACUUCGUACAGGGCAAAUAGUGAGACUUUUCUAUCUUGUUAAACGGGAUCAAAAUAUAUAGCUCCUCUCCAGCCUUCUGAAGGUCGGUUGGAUGCCGCGACGAACCAAAAUGGCUGAAUAUAUUCGAGUAUUUAAGAAGUAAAGUGGAGCUAGCCUUAGCUUAGCUCGCCGCUACGGAGGGCCCGCUGCCGUCGAUUUUGUCUCUCGGCUCUGCUCGGGACUGUUGUCAGUUUCACAAUCCCUGCUACAACCUCCCUCCGGUCGCGAUCUCAUCGUAGGCCUGUCCGGUUGCAGCUCGGGUUAUCAUCCAGAUAAGUGUCCAUUUGAAACGCUCGACUCCUAUUUUCUUCUCGAUUUAACCUCUCAUGUCACGAAAAGGACAGUGACACAUUUUAAAAUCAGGACUUAGACCCAGGUUUUGUGAAAUGCUGCGGACAAAAGCCUUGGAUUUAAUGUGAGUGUGUCUGGAGACAGCGCUGCUGCCACCAUGAAGAGUGAAGUGCCAUCUGAGGCCUCUAGCAGACAGGAGCAUCUGAAGGAGCCACUGGUGAACCCAGAGUCCAUGGACGGCGCUAAGAACUUCCCCAACAACAUGGAGGUUCUCGGAAAGGCGGCCAGCGACUUCGAGGCCCUUUGUGAAUCCAGGCACCGGCCCCUGAGGGACACGGGGACGCACAGAGACUCGGAGAGGAGCCUGGCAGGGCGGAGAAAAAGAAAAGGGCAGCAGGCGGGGCCGUCGGACUGUUCGCUGAAGGAGGACCACGUCAGUGAGAACUCGCUGGCUCCUCAGCGGGCCAGAGUAGAACUUUUGCCGCAUCCCAGUGAGGACGAGCAGAACAACGAGUCAUCCUUCAGUGACUGUGCCUCUUCCCCGUCGUCCAGCCUCCGGUUUGGAGACUCGGACACCCUUAGUUCAGAUGACGAGGGGGAAGCCGGAGCGACAGGGGGCCAACACAAGGCCCCUGCCCUACCACCUGGCGGAGGCGCCGCGGUCGGCCUGCGCCCCGGUCUGGGCCGAACUCGGAGUAGUCGCUCUCACAAGUGGGUCCGACCUGAGCCCGAGCCGGUGCUGCUGAAGCGGCCGUGCCUGAGCAGCCGGCGGCUGCCGCAUCGGAAGCGCUUUGUGAAGACGGCUCCCGGCGGAGGCCAGCGGACUCAGAAGCAGAAGGAGCGGCUUCUGCUGCAGAGGAAGAAACGGGAAGUGAUCGCACGGAGGAAAUACGCUCUGCUCCAUAGCACCAGUAGCUCCAGCAAAGAGCUCAGCAGCGACUCGUCCUCGGCGUCAUCGACCGAAGCAGAAGACGAGCUGUAUGUGGACGUCAGCAGCACCAGCAGCCAACCGAACAGUGCUACUGUAGCCACAGGCGCUCUGGAUGAGGAUGUGGUGGUGAUAGAGGCGUCUCCAGCUCCGGCAAACGCUGUUCCCGCCAGCGAGGAGAUCAACGUCACCUCGACGGACAGCGAAGUGGAGAUCGUCACCGUUGGAGACGGAUUUAGGUCACGCUCAGUCGGGGGUCUCAGUAGGAUUUGGGGCAGCAGUUGUGCCCAGAACCGCCUCCAGGAGCCGCGUGGACGUCACCGGCUCUCAACGGUCAUCCAGCCGCUGCGCCAGAACCCCGGGGAGGUGGUGGAUCUCACCGUCGACGAGGACGAUCUCUCAGUCGUACCAACAACCUCCGGCAGCAUUCACACUCAGACAGUAAGGUCGUCCUCGUCAUCGUCAUCCUCCCAUCACGCCUCUACCUCUGAGCUCAAUGACGCCCCGGGCCCUUCCACCAGCUGCGCAGGUUCAAUGCCUGAAAGUGUGCACACACAGAGAGCCAGUGGUUCUGCUCGCACAGCCGCAGAAGAUGACAACAGACCAGGCUUGUCUGGUACAGGAGGAGAAAACUCAGGCACAGCCAUGCCCAGACUCCCAUCCUGCUGCCAGCAGCACUCUCCGUGCAGCGGCCCCUCUCCUGGUCACAUGUCCCUCAACCACCCCCAUUCUAGCUGCUUGCAAGCGUCCUCCUCUCAGCAGACUGCCGGCUCUCAGCACAGCCACAGCAACACUCACCACUUUGUCCACCAUAUCCAUCACCCGGCACCACAGCCCCCGGGAACCUUACCCUUUCAGGAGCCGAGCUGCCCUGUGGAACGCCCCAGUGCUCUGCCUGCCCCCUGUGCUGGAGUUGGCAACAGCAGCAGCAGCAGCAAUGGAUCCCACUACCAUGACCAGCAAACCCUGCCAGUGGACCUGAGCAACAGCAGCGUUCGAGGCGGUGGCGCCGGGGGUGCUAGUUUCCAUGGCAGCACGUCAGCCUUUGACCCCUGCUGCCCAGGCUCCUCCUCCCGGCCCCCUGCUUAUGUUUCACAUGCCACCCCAGGGCCCAGUCAGCCAGCUGUGGUGGACUCAUUCAGCUCCUCCAUGGUGGCUCAGCCACAAACACAACCUCAGCCCUGCAGACAUUACAUGCACCAACCUUAUGGCUCUCUAACGCGAUCCCUGCAUCAUCAGCCCUCCUCCGCCUGCCCUCACUCCCACGGGACCCCCCAACUCACGCCGCAGCCUCCUCCACAGGGCGAAUUCCUCAUUCCCCACUCCUUUCAUACGCCACUGCCAUCCCACCCUGCAGGCCACUCGGUUCCUCCGGCGCCUCCACCUCCCCUCUCCGCCCACCACCUCCCCACUUCCACCGUGCCCCUGGCCCAGCACCUUCCACCGGACCACCAGACCCUGCAGCACCACAUGCCGCCUCUGGGGCCUUCGGUGCAGAGGAUGCAUCAGCACGAGAUGCUGCAGAGGAUGGAGGUCCAGAGGCGGAGGAUGAUGCAGCACCCCACGCGGGCGCAUGAGCGGCCACCUCCACACCCCCACAGGAUGCACCCCAACUACGGCCACGGACACCACAUCCACGUGCCACAGACCAUGUCUUCCCAUCCUCGCCAGCCUGAGCAGAGAACGACAUGGGAGCUUGGCAUCGAGGCUGGUGUACCAGUGGCUUCAUACACUUCAGGGCACCUGCACUCUCACCUGCCUCACUACCAUACUCCCCCGAGACUGCACCACUUCCCCAUCUCCUUAAUGCACACUACUGGCAUUUCUGAAGUGACCUACCCGCACAUUAGGUACAUCUCAUCGAGAAUGACAGGCUUUGGAAGAACCUACGAGGACCUGCUGCAUUUAGAGGAACGACUUGGGACUGUGAAUCGAGGAGCCUCUCAGGGAACCAUAGAGAGGUGCACCUACCCACACAAGUACAAGAAGAAGGUGUUGGAGAGAGACAUUGACCAACAGUUAACCCCUGAAGCUUGGGCAUCUAUUGGGAAAAAUAUGCACGCAACCCCAGAAUCGAGAAAGCUGCACGGCAAGCAAGAUGAAGAUGAGGGGGCUGAUGAAGACACGGAGGAGAAGUGCACCAUCUGCCUGUCGAUACUGGAGGAGGGGGAGGAUGUCAGGCGCCUGCCGUGCAUGCACCUCUUCCACCAGCUGUGUGUGGAUCAGUGGCUCCUCACCAAUAAGAAGUGCCCCAUCUGCAGAGUGGACAUUGAGGCGCAGCUGUCGGCCGAGAGUUGA